AUGAAUCUCCGGUGUUUUUCCACGUCAGUUCGGAGAUGGGCCAAGAAAUCUAAUGUGGAAGCUCCACUGAAGUACUUAGGCCGAGUCAGCAACAAUUUAUCCUCGGGAGUGGUGGGUCUUGCCAAUGUUGGAAAGUCUACCUUUUUCCAAGCCAUCACCAAAUCUACCCUCGGAAACCCUGCCAACUACCCUUUUGCUACCAUAGAUCCUGAACAAUCGCAAGUUAUGGUCGAAAGUCCUAAACUUGACCAUCUCCAGAGUCUUUAUGGUUCGGUCAAGAAAGUUCCAUCCUCGCUCAAGAUCUACGAUAUAGCAGGACUUACCAGAAACGCUGCCAGCGGAGCAGGGCUCGGCAACAAGUUUUUGGCAGAUAUUAGACAAGUGGAUGGUAUAUUUCAUGUGGUGAGAGGUUUCAGAGACGACGAGAUUACCCAUAUCGAGACAAGCGUGGAUCCAGUCAGAGACAUGACCAUUGUGACUGAUGAGCUUAUUUUGAAAGAUCUUGACUUCAUCGAGACUGCAGUGGAUAAGGCACAAAAGGCACUCAAGAAGCCUCAUGCAGACAAAGCAGGCAUCCAAUUUGAACUUGAUACGCUCGAUAAGAUCCUGGAGGUGUUAUAUCUGGGUCGUAAGGUCGCAGCAGAAGAAUGGACAGAUGCAGAGAUUGAAAUCAUCAACCCGCUCAAUCUUCUUACCGCAAAACCCACUGUGGUGUUGCUUAACGUGAAUGAAGCGGACUAUGCGAGAAACGAUAACGAGUUUAGGAGCUCUGUGGAACUGUGGAUCGCUGAAAAUUCACCAGAUGACCAGCUUCAACUAUUCCUGGCACAAUAUGAGACCCAGGUCAAUCAGCUCCAAGAAUCACCUGCAGAAUUGCAGGAAUACAUUGGUCAAUAUGGUCUGAAGAAAAGUGCCAUGGCUCCUAUUGUUGACUCCAUGAGAGAUGCUCUCCACCUUAUUCUGUUCUAUACUUGUGGACCCAAGGAGGCCCACCAAUGGACAGUGAGAGCAGGAUCAAGUGCUCCAGAAGCUGCUGGAGCCAUUCAUACCGAUCUCCAGAAGACGUUUAUUCUGGCUUUGGUUUAUAAGUGGGAGGAUUUACAGCACGAGAAUGCACCACUCGACGAGGGUGCUUUAAAGAGUAAAGGUAAGCAGCAUAGGUACGGAAAGACAUAUACUGUCGAGGAUGGAGAUGUGAUGACCAUCAAAGCUGGAGGAGGAAAAUCCAGGUAG